AUGCAGAUUGUGAUGAGCGACGAAAAGAAAAGCGCCACAACAGCGGCUUGGGCAGCGCCGUUGCUCUGCUUCCUCUUCAUGAUUUUGUCCAUUGGGACUGUCGCGGCAGCACAAGAGGGGAGCCACGAACUCGCACAAAUUGUUUUUGUCAGCUGCAACCAACACGACCGGGAUCAGAACUACUGGGACGUGAUUGCGGCCACCGUCGAGCACGGAAAAGACGCUGGGCAGCUGAAUAAGCCACUGAAGCGUGCUACAGGCAGUUGUGCGGCGAAUUCCUCCGUGGAUGCACUCGUUUGGCUUGGCGAUGCGGUGUACGCGGACAAUUUUAGUGCCUUUAGGGGUUGCUAUCCGAACACCGAUUUGGAGUUGGUCCGUUCAAAGUUUACAAAACAACGAAACGCCCCGGAAUAUGUCGCCUUUCGCCAGACAUGUGUGCGCCAGCGCCCAACCUUGGCUUUCCGUGAGGACGGAGAAGAAACGCAAUUUGUCAUGGGUGUCUGGGACGACCAUGACAUGGGCAAGAACGACGGUGGGGCAGAAUACGCUGACAAGGACGCCACGCAGCAGUUUUUUUUGGAUUUCCUAGGUGUUGCGAAGAACAGCCCGCGCAGAAAGCAAAAGGGUGUAUACGUUUUUGAAACCAUUCCAUUUCGGGCGUUGGAUUCAAAUGCCAGCGUCAAUCCCGCGAAAUCCGCCGCAAUAAAAGAGUUGCAUAGCUUAUAUGAUCAUGCUGUGUGCUUUCUUCUUUUGGACGCACGCUACUUUCGUGAACCCUCAAAUGCCACUCGUAGUGGUGAUAUGUUGGGUGAAGUGCAGUGGAAAUGGCUUGAGGAGCGUCUCCGCAAUGACGUGGCGGGGCAGAACCCAGUCAGCGGCCGGGAACGAUGUGCACUGACAAUCGUGGGGAGCGGAGUGCAGGUGAUUAUGGACGAGAAGGUGAGCGAAAGCUGGGGUGCAUUUCCGCUCUCGCGAAACCGCCUUUUUUUGCUGCUCCGCCGAUAUAAGAGCGAACGAGUGAUUUUUAUUAGCGGCGAUGUGCACCUCGGUGAGAUUGGCAUGGACACCACACAGGACGCCAUGGAGGCGCUCGGGUACCCCAUUCUUGAGGCGACGAGCUCCGGACUGACGCACAGUUCCGCUACAUUUUGGGGUUUGCCUACUUUAAUGAGGACAUUAUUUCCCAGUCCACGCCGCGUGGGUAUUUACAUUGAAAGAAAUUUCGGUGUCGUGCGUUUGACGGCAGACCCCGAGGCUCUUAUCAUGGCCUUAAAACGCGACGGCAAGGCACAGAGGCACCAAUUUGAGAGGUACAUAAACGUCUCCGUCUUUAUUCACAGCAUUCCGCAACAAGGAAAGGCCGUUCUGCAGCUGUCGUUGCCAUUAGAUGUGUUUACAAUCGAUGGAGGAGGCGGUACGAAGGGCCGCUUCACUACGUUGACUUCUGCGGUGAAACGGACAUGUGAGAACCCAUCCAAAGAAAAUACAGAAAAUGGAGAUUGCUCACCUGCGUAUUACCCACGUUCUGCUCCGUUACCUGUUUUUACUUCUUUGAUUCAAUUUCUCCAACGCCACAUAUGGCCCCAGCACACACUUUUGCAGGUUGUUUCCACCGUUGUAAGUACAUCGGUAUUGCUCCUGUUAGCAGCUACGGCCGUGUUUUGUAUACGACUGUGGAAUACCGGCUCAAAGGGGAAAAAAAGAGAAAAAAUUAGCUGA